AUGAUAUUGUCAUUGAGGCCACAUCAAGUGGUAUCAUGUCAUGUGGUGAAAUUGGGUGUGGUGAGUUGCGCUGUGAUGGAAUUGGGUGUGAAUGUGGCAAAUUGUAGUGUUUCCCAAUAUGAUUUUCCAUUACUGGCCGACGGAGUGCAUAAGUCAACGUCUUUGCGCAGUUUCGUUUGCAAUCGCCUAUUGGGUAAACAUAUGAGUGUGGACACGACCAAGGUUGCCCAUAUAGUAUCCUUACUUAUCUGGCAAAAUAAACUGGACGAGCUCGAGAUGCAGAAAUGUGAGAUUCAAGCACGCGAUAUGGAGAUAAUAAGCAAGUACUUGGAGACACCACAAAGCAAAAUGCGAAAACUAAAUUUCGCAUACAAUACAAUUGGAUCUGAUGGUGCUGAAUAUAUCUUCCGCGCGAUAGCCCUUAGCAGUACUUUAACACAUUUAAAUAUUGGUAGUAACAAUUUGGGCAGCCAUGGUGGACGGACGGUAGCGAAUUAUAUACACUGCUGCUACUUUCUUAUAUAUCUCAACAUAACAUGGAAUGGAAUCAGUCCUGACGCAAUGAAUCUUAUUUUGACGGCAAUGAAAAAGCCUGUUAAACUGCACAGGAUUGAAAUCUUUGGCAAUCGCUUUGAUGUCAAGUCUGCUAAUAUAUUGCGGCGGCUCCUUGAUGCUGGCGUUGUACCACCGGAGGGAAUUGACGUAAUAUCAAUUUACGAUGAAAGUAUAGCUGAUUACCGUGUUACACAUUAUGAUUGA